GAAGGAUUCUGGCAGCAAGGGAAUAGACGCAGCAGGAUCGGCUUCGGGCGCAAGGACGGAACAGGGGGUUUCGAUCGAAGGAGAUUGCCGGAUGGAAGACAUAGUCAACUCGUACAAGAAGAUGACAAUGGAGGAACAGAAGAACGGGCUUAAUUUCGAUGAGGAAGUGGAGGAAGGAGGAGAGGAGGAGAACGACCCGAAGGUCUUCCCGGUGGUUGUGGUCGUCGUCACUGACCGUAGGGUCAAAUUACUGGGGCUUCCAAGAACUGAUGACUUCAAUCUGGGGACCAGGGAGAGUGAACCCAAUCCUACUACGGAUGCAUGUGGACAUACUCCUGGAAAGCUUCCUUACUGUUAUUAUUUCCUUCUAUUACGGAAGGUUAUCACUAUCCAUCUAUAGGUUGUUGUACUACUACUUACUAUACGGAUAGUUGAUAUAUACGGAUAGUUAGAUUAAUUAGAUAAGAUUUGACUUGUAAUCUAUUAUGUACUUGUACUGCUAUUUAUACUCAACGAUAGAUGAAUAAACAGGACGGUGAAUUUCAUCAGAUUUAACUAGGACAUCAGAGAAAAAGGUAUCUGCUAAACUUUAAUCAUGCCUUGGAUAUGAACCGUGUGAUUUAGAAUGGCCCUUGGCUUUUUUAACGUGAUUUGAUACUGUUGAAAGUUGUUCAGCCAGAUGACAUACCUGAAUCGAUGAAUUUAUCUGAGGCUAGCUUUUGGGUACAAGUUCAUAAUGCUCCUGUUAAGUUUAGAAACUUGGGAUCUGCCAGGAAAAUUGGCAAUUUUUUAGGCUUUUUUAUUACGUUUGAGAUGCGUCAGUUUGAUGGCAAACAGAGUUCUUAUCUGCGUAUAAAGGUAUGUCUGGAUGUUUGUAAGCCUUUGAAAAAAAGGCACUACUUGGACUAAAGAUGGGGUGAAGCAUUGGGUGGACCUUAAAUAUGAAUAACUACCCAGCUUCUGUUUUUUGUGUAGUAUUAUCGGACAUUCUGAUAAAUUUUGUCUGUUGAAGUAUGAAGGGGGUUUUGCAGCUGAGAAAACGUUUGGGGUGGGACUCAGAGCAGGAGGAAGAGUGAAGACCAGCCCUACAGGAGUACCCAACAGAUGGUUAUCUAGUGAAGCUUCUAAUUCAGGUGGAUAUGGGUUUCAACGGAAGGCUGAUCUCAGGGAAGAUUUAUCGACUGAAUCCAAGACCAGUAUGCCACACCAGAACGAGAUAGUUGACAAGGAAGAAACUUCUGGAGACACACAACGCGGAAGGAUCUGGGACAAUCAGGCCAAAGAAGAUACAAGUGGUGAAGGAAUGGCUUUGGGUGGGCCAAAAAAUGGGGAGGCGGCGGGUCAAUCUUCCUAGACCCGCCGAGUUUUCAUAUGGUGGUGAUGAUGAAGAGGACAAGUGAUGGUGUUACCUUUAUUGUUUGUUUCUAUUGCUUUUAUUUUGAAUGCUUUGUUCUGUUUUACUUUUAUUUUUCUAAGCCCUGUAAGACUCUUGCAUUAGGUUUGGGGGUGGAAGUGUUGCGGUAACCGCCAUUGACUUUAAG